CGUCACUCGCCGUCCUCCCCCCCAAACGACAUCUUCGCCAGGACCUCCAGCCAUGGCCUCUCCCUCUCCGAUCCUGCGGCAGCUGGGCUGCUUCCGGUCACUCCUGAAGCCCCAGCCCCAGUCCCUGCUGCAGACGGGUCUCAACCGCCGCGCCCUCAGCACCGUCUAUUCCGCGAAGCCCACGCCGAAGCCUAUUCCCGAGAACCUGCCAGAGCAGUUCAUUCGCCAAUUACCGUUGCACCUGCGCCCGAAGGACCCCAAGGCGCGCCGGCCCAUCCCUCCCCCGCCUCCCUCGGCGUUCAACAAGUGCAAAGACCCCGUCGGCGCGGUGGCCGACGCCCAACUAGCGGUGCUGGAUCCCACCGGCGAGCGUCGCGCGCUGUUCGACUACCGUCGGAGUCAGCGCAGUGUCAAGCCCGGCGACAUCGUGCGGGUGACGUUUAAGAACGGCGACCCGUUCAACGGAGUCUGUCUGAGCAUUCGUCUGCGCGGUCUGGAUACCUCGUUCCUACUGCGCAACCAGCUGACGAAAGUCGGCGUCGAGAUGGCGGUGAAGGUGUACAGUCCGAAUGUGGAGAGCGUGGAGAUUGUCCAGAGAGCCGCGUCGCGGAAGAGGAGAGCUCGGUUGUUCUACAUGAGAAACCCCAAGCACGACAUGGGAACCGUCGAGAACAUCGUCACGAACUACAUCCGGCAGAAGAGAAUGCUUUCCGGGAAGAAGCGCGCCCCGGUCAAGGCGAAGAAAUAGACUCCUGCGGGCAUCGACUUGGGUUUGGCGAAUGUAUUAUUACUAGCACGUGUAUAUUGAAUUUAUUGGGGUUAAUGUCUUCCAUUGACGCAACGUUUGGGGAUGUUAUCAGAUGCUGUCCGAACAGUAUCAGGACUCUUAAAUCGUCUAUAAUUCAC